AUGCCUAUAAUACUGAGUAUGCAACAUGUUCUUACUCCUACUCCUGCUGUUGCUGCUACUGGUGGUGCUCACUCCUUCUCUCAGCUGUUCAUAGUCGUCAUCCUCACUUUACUGAAAGGGAAAUUGGUGCGAUUAAGACAGGGCAACACCAAGAUGGACACAUUAUCAGGAGUCUUCAACACAUCCUACCUUUUAAGGUUCAAUUACCUAAUCUCCCACUAA